CUGACCACUGAUGGAAACAAAACAUAGGUUGAAUACAUUUUAUUCCAUAAUAUUAAUACUUAGACCCUCUAGCUGAAUUUGUUUUAUAAUAAAUAUUAAUUUUUGAGCAUCUGACUUGAAAAGAAAAUUGAACAAUUUAUCAUUUUUGAAAUGAUUUUCUUACUGGCAACAGCACUAAUGUAUUUCCCAAGAUAAUGGUGAUUUAAUGAUAAUUUAAAUUAAUUGUUUUAGGUGGUCACAUUCAUAUAACUGUGUUAAACAUAUAGUGAAUAUUGUAAUUCUUAUUUUCAGGAUAAUGACUUUGUUCUGACAUUCAGAAUGACUAGCGAAAACUCUACAUUUGAUGGAAAUACAAGCCAAAGUGUAUUAGGUGAAGAAGUAGAUCAAUUCCACCUGAGGAAUACCUAUGAAAAUGUUUUUGCCAUUUUGUUCCUUAUCAUUAUUAUGCUGACAUCCAUAUUCGGAAAUGGAGCUGUAAUAGCAGUAAUCUGCCUGAACAGACACAUGCGGAAAGAAGUUUCAAAUCUUCUUAUUGUCAACCUAAGUGUCACGGACCUAUCCAACACUUUACUUGUUAUGCUGAGUGCCCUCGUUGCUUUGAUAACGGACGAAUGGAUAUUUGGACAGCAUUGGUGUGAUUUCAUCUGCGCUACUAACUACUGUUUAAUCAUUGUUUCAAUGUUAACACUUUGCUGUAUCAGCAUAGACCGUUACCAUGCCGUCAUGCAUCCAUUGUCCUACACUUUAUUCAUCACUAGGAAGAGGAUGGUGAUGGUCAUUGCCUUUACAUGGAUUCAAGCGAUUACAUUUGGAAUAGCUCCAUCUAUAGCAGGAUGGGUGGCAUUUGAUUACUGGGAGGCGAUAUGUGCCAUACAAUGGCAUAGUUACAGACCGGACUCCAUCAUUUACGUCGUACUUGCUUUUCUCCUCUGCUUUCUCAUACCUGGAAUUGUACUGAUCUACUGCUACUCAAAGAUUCUCCAGGAAGUGAAAAAGCAAAAAGCUCAGGUGGCAAUUAACACAACAGGAGAUUCCAGGGCGCAUGAAAAAAAUAAGCGGAAAGUCUCAGAUCGCUCAAAAAUUGUAUGGAGUUUACUUGUGGUUGUUUUCGCAUAUUUUGUUUGUACAACUCCAUUUAGUGUGACUAAGUUAAUUAAAGUGUUAGCAAAUGGUAAGGAUCCCAUUCCUGGACCAGUGAAUCUCUUAUCUGCACUUUUAGGGUACGUAGCCAGUGCAAUCAAUCCACUCAUUUACGGAAUCUUCCGGAGAGAUUUCAGGACAGCAUAUAAACACUUACUCUACUCCGUUUUUCUGCAUGAAAAGUUCCCAGACAAAUUUUCCUCAGAUACACGCAGCCAAACUGGGAACGGGACUAUAUCUCAUGCAAACAACCUUACAAUAAAUCACGAGCAUGACAACCAGAUAGCGACACUUGAACAUGCACUGGAGGAGUUACGUAAUUCCUCAAUGUUACCAAAGAGCCAUGAAUGUUCGCCAAAAAAUGUCAGAUUUUUACCAAGUGUGGAGGUCAAAUCACCAACAUUUGGUAAAGACACAUGCUUUACUGAGUUAAACUCUGAAAAGGCUCAUCUAAAUGCUGUUGGUGACAAUCUAGAGAAUGGUAAAAGAGCAUGGAGUGCUCUUUCCUGCAAACAUGUCAUGGUAAAAUCUGUAAAUGGAUCCAGAGAUGUUGAAGAACCAUAGUGAAUAUAUCAGCGAAACAUCAGCAAGAAAACCAUCACAAAUACUGCUAGUGCAUUAAAGCUGCAGGUCCCUAGAUGAGUGAACUAUUUGAAUAAAGUCAAACUUUAGAAAAAUAUUUUCUUAGAGUUUAAGAAGCAUACAAAAUUCAAUAUUCACAAUACAUUUAACAGCCCUUUGUAAUUAUUAUUAAUGACUUUACUAUUUCUUUUACCAAACCUCUACCCUGUUUAAACAAAAGAAUUAAUUGGUCAUAUUUUAGGGCUAUUUUUGAUCUGUAGUUUGAUGCAAUUUAUGUAACAUAUUCUUGGCUCAACGUGCCUAAUGUAAGCUUUAACUACAUGUAUAUACUUUGUCAAUAAUUUCACACUAUUUUAGCAUUCAAAAGCCAACUUGAGUACUUCACUAAUUAAAUUGUCUUAUUGUUAACAUGAAGGCAUCGCAUUAAUAAAGUGCACAUUUUAAUCACAUCGAUCGAAAAACCAUUUCCUAAAAAUUUGACCUCAAAAAUGGUAUAAAUCUGUUUUAAUUGCUUACUUAUUUGUGAUAUCUAGAGGGAAUAUUUACUGUUUCUGUGGAGUGAAUGAAUAAGUCAAGAUUAAAACAUCUCAUUAGUAUAUCUUUUAUAUAACAAGAAAACCUCUGCAGCCAUUUAAAAAGUUAGGGAAACAGGGAGGAAAAACACAAACCACAGGAUGUGUAAUAAGACAGAAAACAGUAGGUGGAAAUAAAUCAACCAUUUCCAUAUGAAGACUAAAUUAGAUUUGUCACAUUCAGGUCAUUUUACAUUGUGUGAAAGAUAUGUUGUUAAAUGUUUAAAAAUAUUUGAUAUCUUUAAGUCAGGGAUGAAAUUUUCUAUGUAAAAAAAGUGGUAUAAACUUUAAAUAAUUAUAAUAGAGGUAUGCUACAUGCCCAAAGAGAAUGUUUCAUGGUGCUAUGUAUAAUGAAAUCUAUGUGAGACACACUUUGACCUUGAACUUUUAGGAGAACAAGUGGCAAAAGUGAUGAACCUUUGCCACCAAUAUAAAGCCAGGUCAGCCUGCACAUCCUGUAAACAGACAGUACUUUAUACUGUUGACUAACUGCAGAUUCUAAUCUUGAUAUCUCCUAAAGUUGACAAUGGACUGUCCCAAAACUAGAAGCUGGACAAGUUAAGUUUUACAAGAUAAACAAAAUUCAUUUACAGGUAAUUUUCAACUAUUGUGUUUCUUUGGCAAUUAAAAUUUAUAUUUUAAGCUGUAGGUCACUAUGACCUUGACCUCUUGACCCUUACUACAAUUACAUUACGAAGGUCUUUUCCUUGAUUCUAAUAUUAACUCUGUUACUUAGAUUCUGGUAACUGCACAUCUUAUUUUUUUAGUUCCAAGGACUAUAAAGUUAUUUUCAACUAAAAAACUUAACAAAUAAUUUGGAUCUAAAGUAGAUGCAAGGUCACUAAACAAGAUGCAAGGUCACGAAACUAUUUCUUUAGAAAGUAUAAUGCAGAUAGAACUAAUCUUUAGAAAGUUGCAACGACAGAUAAAAACACUCAAAUGACGUCUUUAAUGACGUGUGAAUUGUAAUUAAUAUAUUGCAUGUGCAUACUUAAUCUUCAACACAAAUGAGAAUAUAAUGUUUAUAGUUUAUACAGUAACAUGCUUAUCACCAUCCUUGUACAUUAUCUACAAUUCCUACAAUAUGUAACAUCUUCAGGUAACAGAUAAUAUUGAUCUCUCAACAUUCUCCUGCAACUGGUUUUGUUCACUCAGAAAUGUUUCUAUUCAAGUGUAAACUGGUUGUUAUAUUAUUCAUUUUUUUCAACAGUGCUAUGUUUUUUGUUGUUGUUAUUGCAGACAACCCUGAAGAGGUUGUGAUCUAAAGAACAAGUUGUUAUUUAUUGUUUGUGCUUUCAUGACUUUUUUGUUAUAUUUUGUAUAAUAAAUAUAAUUACUGA